AUGGCACGAUUCCGAACUCAUGUCCCACCCUUGGACAGCCCGUCCAAGCAGCUGAUGCUUGACCUCGUUCGCGAUCUUGAACAAGUCAAAAUCUUCGAUGCCGACCUGAAGAAAGUUCACCAGUAUGAACGAAAGCAAUUUUACGAAAAUCUCGAUCGGAUCGACCGCGAGCGUGAAGCAGUCCACACAGCCGCCCUUGAUCAGGCCGCCGCCUUCCACGACCGUGUCCGCGAGGAAGCGGAGACAACCUUGAAGGUUCACCUCCUCGCCGAAGAGGAGGAGCGCCUGCGGAAGGAAGAAGCGAUCCGCAAGGAAAGGGAACGACUUGAACUUGUAAAGAGUGAAAACGCACGCCGCGAACGAGAAGCAGCCGCACGCGUUGAGGCCGAACGCCAAGCCAAAGAGCAGGCCGAGAAGAAGGCCCAGGAGGAGGCGGCUGAGAAAGCCGCUGCGCUUGAAACCACACGCAAAGCCGCGAUUGAGGAGAAGCUCCGCAAGGAACGCGAGCAGGCCGACGCCCAGAAACGCAAGCAGGAUGAGGAGGCUCGAAAGGUGCAGGAAGAGGCCGACGACAAGGCCCGCAGCCAACAACAGCAGAAACUUGGUGCCGGAAACCUUUCGGCUGGAGAUAUUCAAGAGCAACAACGUUACGUUCAGCUACAUAAGACUCUCAAGGAAAUGCGCAAAUGGCUCAAGGACAUUGGCCAAGCGCAGCCUGACCUCAAGGCGACCAUGGGCAAUUUACGACGCUCAAUCAAGAAGUCUGUUGGCCAGCUUCGAGCUGGAACCGGUGCGAAUAAACAACAGAUUAUUCAACUCAAAGGCGAACUUGAAAAGGCACUUGCCUACCCAGAGCCAACAGUGGACAUCCGAAACUUCAUUGCAUUCCCACCCGAGGAGAUUGCAAAGUCGGAGAACAAGGUGCCAGCAAUGCUCAUCUACGGAUUGAACAUUCUUGCAAAGAGCUUGAUCUCCUCUCUCUUGGCUGAAGCCUCCAUCAAACAAUCCCACGCCGAGCCGAUCGGCAUCAUUGCUGCACAGAUUUUUUCCUUUGAUAUGUUCACGUACAAAGGAAUACACAUGUCCGACAUCAUGUGGGCCAAGUACCGUGUUGUUUGCCCCGCUCUUUGGGGAUUCACAGGCAAUGACAAGACCGAGGGUGGCCGUCGUGUCCUGGGUUGGUGGCGUUCUGCAGACACUGGUUCCUGGGUAUCAGAAGAAAUUCAUAUGGAUCGCAUGACCGCACUCGGUGCGGGAUAUGCUGCUAUGACCCUUCGCAACUUUGCGAAGUCCCCACGUCGCAACCCGUUCCCCAACACCAUGUUUUGGUCUUCUAUCCACAAAAUCCUUGCCAUUCCACCUGCAGAGUUGCAGGAGACCCAGAUUGCCCUUCUCGCAGCCCUGUUCCGAUCGUCGGGCGAGCGCAUUGUCGGAUUCUUCGGUCAAUACGGGCUCGCGCUGAUGCACCAUGUCAUCAUUGACCUGCCCCGCAAGCUUGGGCGGGAGACAAUGGCUGUGACACAGCUGAGUACUCUUAAGGAGGUGUACUUGAAAGAGAAGAAUUUCGCGUUGUGA